GCCCUCCCCACCAUGACCGCACCGGCGGCGAGCGGCACCCCUCCGGGAGAGGCCCUCUUCCCCAGCGUGGCCCCUAAGGACUUGUGGAGGUCGCAGGUCUCGGGCUCCGUGGGCUCCGUGACUCGGCACCUCAGCCACCGGGCCAACAACUUCAAGCGACACCCCAAGAGGAGGAAAUGCAUCCGCCCCUCUCCGCCCCCUCCUCCAAAUACCCCAUGUCCCAUCGAGCUGGUGGACUUCGGGGAGCUGCACCCCCAGAGGUCCUUCCGGGAGCUGCUCUUCAACGGCUGCAUCCUGUUCGGCGUUGAGUUCAGCUACGCCAUGGAGACGGCGUACGUGACCCCGGUGCUCCUGCAGAUGGGCCUGCCCGACCAGCUCUACAGCCUGGUGUGGUUCAUCAGCCCCAUCCUCGGAUUCCUGCUGCAGCCGCUGUUGGGUGCGUGGAGUGACCGGUGUACCUCCAGGUUUGGAAGGAGACGCCCUUUCAUACUUGUCCUGGCUAUAGGGGCGUUGCUGGGCCUCUCGCUCCUGCUCAAUGGCAGGGACAUCGGCAUAGCCCUGGCCGACACAGCCGCCAACCACAAGUGGGGCAUCCUCCUGACGGUGUGCGGGGUGGUGCUGAUGGACUUCAGCGCAGACUCGGCUGACAACCCCAGCCACGCCUACAUGAUGGACGUGUGCAGCCCCGUGGACCAGGACCGGGGCCUGAACAUCCACGCCCUCCUGGCAGGUCUCGGAGGAGGGUUUGGAUACGUGGUCGGGGGGAUCCACUGGGACAAAACGCGCUUCGGGAGGGCCCUGGGGGGCCAGCUCCGCGUCAUCUACAUCUUCACCGCCAUCACCCUGAGCGUCACCACCGUCCUGACCCUUGUCAGCAUCCCCGAGCGGCCCCUGCGGCCGCCUGGCGAGAAGAGGACGGCCAUGAAGAGUCCCAGCCUCCCGCUGCCGCCGUCGCCGCCCGCCCCGCCGGAGGAAGGCGCCGGCGACCCGCUGCCCGCGCAGACGGCCACCAGCUUCUACGCCAGCUUCUCCAGCCCCAUCUCCCCACUGAGCCCCCUCACGCCCAAGUACGGCAGCUUCGUCAGCAGGGACAGCUCCCUGACGGGCAUUAACGAGUUCGCCUCGUCCUUCGGCGCCGCCCACAUCGACAGCGUCCUCAUCGACUGCUUCACGGGCGCCCAGGACCCCUACCUGGCCAUGCCCGGCAGCGCCCCCAGGCAGCCGCUCAGCGUCAGCUUCCCCCGGGCCCCCGACGGCUUCUACCGCCAGGACCGGGGCCUCCUGGACAGGACGGAGGGCGCCCUGGCCGCAGACGGAGACGUUCUAAGGGUGGGCUCCCUGGAUACCCCCAAGCCUCGGUCAUCUGGGAUCCUCAAGAGACCCCAGACCUUGGCUCUCCCGGACGCGGCCGGAGGAGGGGGGCCGGACACGAGCAGGAGGAGGAACGUGACCUUCAGCCAACAGGUGGCAAACAUCCUACUGAACGGCGUGAAGUACGAGAGCGAGCUGACGGGCUCCGCCGAGCAGGCCGAGCCGCCGCUGUCCGCCAGGCGCCUCUGGGCCACCAUCUGCCACAUGCCCCGCGCGCUGCGCAGCCUCUGCGUCAACCACUUCCUGGGGUGGCUGUCGUUCGAGGGGAUGCUGCUCUUCUACACGGACUUCAUGGGCGAGGUGGUGUUCCAGGGGGACCCCAAGGCCCCGCACUCGUCGGAGGCCUACGAGAAGUACAGCAGCGGCGUCACCAUGGGCUGCUGGGGCCUGUGCAUCUACGCCUUCAGCGCCGCCUUCUACUCAGCAAUCCUGGAGAAGCUGGAGGAGUUCCUGAGUGUCCGCACCCUCUACUUCAUCGCCUAUCUCGCCUUCGGCCUGGGGACCGGGCUGGCCACGCUGUCCAGAAACCUCUACGUGGUCCUGUCCCUGUGCGUAACCUACGGGAUCUUGUUUUCCACGCUGUGCACCCUGCCCUACUCCCUGCUCUGCGAUUACUACCAGAGCAAGAAGUUUGCAGGGUCCAGCGCUGACGGCACCCGGCGGGGCAUGGGCAUGGACAUCUCCCUGCUCAGCUGCCAGUACUUCCUGGCCCAGAUCCUGGUCUCGCUGGUCCUGGGGCCCCUGACCUCGGCCGUGGGCAGUGCCAGCGGGGUGAUGUACUUCUCCAGCCUCGUGUCCUUCCUCGGCUGCCUGUACUCCUCCCUGUGUGUCAUCUACGAACUCCCUCCCGGCGACGCGGGCGACGACGAGCAGCGGCCCCUCCUGCCCAGUGCCUGACAUCCUGGGGGCCCGGAAGCUUCCAGCGGGCGUGUACAGUCGUGACAAUAAACACUCGGCAGCAGCCAA